CAGUUACACGUAAAAACCCAAAUAUACAAUAAAUAUUUAUGAAAGGUUGAAUUUCUUGGUUAUGUUAAUAAAUUUAAAAUGUUUUCAAACAAUCGUAAAUGUGAAAAAGAUAUCAACGUAUUAUUAGAUGAACCUCUAACAAGUAAUUCAUGUACGAAGCUUAUUACAGAACUUUUGAAAUAUGUAUUGUAUCAAAAACAACAAAUACCAUUCACAUAUGAUUCUUUGGUACACUUACAAAGAAAAAAUAAAAAAAUGGACAGAAAUAUAUCAUACAUCAAAACUUUAUCUAAUUCUUUAACUAAUGUGACUGAUAAUUUAUCUUCUGAACUACUUGUUAAGAGUAUCAAAGUUAAAGAAGUUAUAAUCAUUAUUGGACCAACAAUAUUAUCACCAAAGUUGCAAAUUACAUUAGAAUUACCAUCGAUAAUGCUUGAUAGUGUGGAUCAUUUACAAUGUGAACAUUCUUCGCAGAAACCUCUUUUGAAUCUGAUGAGAUCGAUGCUGGAAUGUACAGAAUUUCAAGAUGCUAUGACUUUGCCUUUGGGACCUACGAACACCUUCGUUAUGUUACAAAAAAGUGAUAGCAAUAGUAUAUCUAAUUUCUUUUUACCUCAACCGCAUUAUAUACCCUCGAUACAAACAUCGCAGAGUUUUAGAAUCAAGUUGAUAAAUAAUAAUAAAUUUAAUAUAAAUUGUAAUUGUACAAAUUUAGUUCAAGUAUAUCGUGAACUUGGUAAAUCUUAUGAAAAUGAUUCUAUAAUUCAAUGUGAGGAACAGUCAAAUGAACAGACUGUACAAGCACCAUUUAAAUGGUAUCAAUCUAGAGAAAUAAUUAAAGGAUUCAAAUAUGUUAGAUAACUUUUAAUUAUAAUAGGAAUGAAAAGUACAUUUUUUAUAGAAGAUUAAUUUUAUAUUUUUUAUCAUAUAUUCGAUUUUAUAUUCUCCUUCUCGUUCAUAUCAGUCAGGCAAAAUACAUUUCAUCUAAUUAAUUU